UCGGCGCGGCCGUUCCACGCCGCCUGGCGCCGCUGCGCGUCACUGCCUUCUCGUGUCACUCCGGGCAGUGAUGGCGGAGGUGGACGAGACCGAGAUCAUAAUGAACUACCACGAAGACUUCUUGAAAAACGACAAACAAAUCAGCCGCUACCCGUUCUGCAUCGUGUGGACACCUAUUCCUAUUUUAUCGUGGCUGCUCCCCUUCAUCGGUCACAUGGGCAUAUGCACCUCUUCAGGAAUCAUACGGGAUUUUGCCGGGUCGUACUUUGUCUCGGAAGACAACAUGGGCUUCGGUAGACCAACAAAGUAUUGGAAACUUGAUGUGGACAAAGUCUGUGGCAACGGUGCUGCUACGUGGGACAAAGCAGUGCAUGACGCCUCCGAGGAGUACAAACGUAGGCCGCACAAUCUGUGCUUAGAUAACUGCCAUUCCCACGUCGCCAUGGCCCUCAACCUUAUGCACUACGACAACAGCACUUCUUGGAACAUGGUCAACCUGUGCGCGCUGUCUCUUAUUCGUGGAAAACACGUAAACUGGGCGGCGUUCCUCAAGACCUGGCUGCCCUUCUUCAUGCUCUGCGGAGUCCUCGGCACGUUCAUCCUAACACUCAACCUCCAGUAGCGGAGCGGUUAGGCUCAGCGGGAUGACUCGUAGUCUUUGGUUGUACUUGAUGUAUUGUUAUUGGCUGUUGACGUGAAUGAUGGUGACGUUUAUGUACCGUCACAAAAUGAAGGACUUUGUUGUGUGUUCGUGAUGGAGGCUUUUUAGGGAAAAUUUUCGUUUGUGUUUGGUUUUGAAAUAAACUAAUGUUAUAACAAUUUACAUGCUUAAUUUAGUAGGUGAGUAAGCUACUUUAUUUUCAAAAUGUACUGUUUUUCACACAGAGGCUUCUGUGUUGGUGUUUUGCUUACUAAGAAUUAUACAAGUAUGAUGAUGAGCCGUGAUGAAUGUGUUUCUGCACCAACUAAUUUACACUUCAGUGAUGGAUCACUA